GAAAUAUCCCCUAAGUAAGUCGAGACAGCAGCUCCCAGGCACAGAAACGGUUGUAGUAGGAGACAGCUACUGACAGAGACAGCAGAGAGUAUGCGUGACCCAGUGCUUCUUGGACUUGUCUCGUUGACUUUGUGAGAGUGCCACUGGGAGUGAGAGAGAGAGAGAGAGAGAGAGAGAGAGGAGGAAGAAACCAGAGACAACAGAAAGAGGAACUGCUGUCCACUCCCAGACAACUGCACAUCACUGAGCGGACAAGACCUACAGAAUGGGCAGGUGGUUACAUCAGAACAUCACAGGGCAGGAGGCUGAGACUCUGCUGAAAUCUCGGGGGGUACAUGGAAGUUUCCUGGUCCGUCCCAGCAGGAAAAGGCAGGGAGACUUCUCACUGUCUGUGAGGGUUGAAGACUCGGUGACGCACAUCAGGAUCCAAAAUACUGGCGACUACUAUGAUCUUUAUGGGGGAGAGCAGUUUGCUACUCUGUCCGAGCUGGUGGAGUUCUACACGGGGCAAGCGGAAUGCCUGCAGGAUACUGGUGGGAACCGCAUUGAGCUGAAAUACCCACUAAAUUGUUCAGACCCCACCAAUGAGCGGUGGUAUCACGGGUACCUGUCAGGCACAGAUUCUGAGAAGUUGUUGCAGAAGACAGGGGAGCCCUGGACCUUCCUGGUUAGAGAGAGUCGCAGCAAACCCGGGGAUUUUGUUAUCUCUAUCCUAACCCCAGAGCAGAAAGACGGGGCGCAGAAGGUGACACACGUCAAGAUAAAUACAGUGGGGGACACAUAUAAUAUCGGCAGGGAGACGUUUGAGUCACUUACAGACCUUAUCGAGUGGCACAAGAAGAAGCCAAUAGAGGAAGCAACAGGGACAUUUUUAUACCUAAAAAAGCCUUAUUACUCCACAAGAGUCAAUGCUGCUGACAUUGAAAAUCGGAUGAAAGAAUUAAACAAGAAGUCGGAGCAAGACGAGGCGGCCAAAGCCGGAUUCUGGGAAGAGUUUGAUGCUCUGCAGAAGCAGGAACCCAAGGUGCACAAUGACCGUAAAGAGGGACAAAGGCCGGAGAAUAAAAGCAAAAACCGCUACAAGAAUAUUCUGCCCUAUGAUCACACAAGAGUUAUACUGAAAUGUGGAGACAAUAACACCCCCGGCUCUGAUUAUAUCAAUGCCAACUAUGUUAAUAACAAGCUUUGGGGGGAUGGUGAACCCCCGAAACGUUUCAUAGCUUGCCAAGGUUGCCUGAAUUCCACCACUGGGGACUUCUGGGAGAUGGUCUGGCAGGAGAACAGUCGUGUUAUUGUAAUGACCACCAAAGAGAUAGAGAAAGGCCGGACAAAAUGCGUUACAUACUGGCCGGAUGUGGGGACCAAUGGAAAUAAGUUUGGGCGGUUUUGGGUAGAACUUGUAAGAGAACGUGACACCAAGGAGUAUAAAGUCCGGGUUCUGCGCGUGUCAAUAAUAGAUAGUACUGAAAAACCUCGUGAUAUCCAUCACUACCAGUACCUGACCUGGCCAGAUCAUGGGGUUCCAGCAAACCCUGGCGGUGUCUUAAGUUUCCUGGAAGAGGUUAACUGCAUGCAGGAGAGCAUGCCAAAGGCUGGGCCCAUUGUUGUGCACUGCAGUGCUGGGAUUGGCCGCACAGGAACCAUUAUCGUUAUCGACAUGUUGCUGGACCUGAUUCAAAUGAAAGGCGUGGACAGCGAUAUCGAUGUGCAGAAGACCAUCCAGAUGGUACGAAACCAGCGGUCAGGAAUGGUGCAGACUGAAGCUCAAUACAAGUUCAUUUACGCCGCCAUAGCGCAAUUUAUUGACUCUACCAAAUGCAAGUUGAAAGCACUGGAGAACAAAAAGGUGACGGAAUCUGAAUAUGGAAAUUUGGGGGUCUCCCUAAUGAAAAUGAAAGUGACACGAAGUUCCUCGAAGAACCAGACGGAGGGAACAGUCUAUGAGAAUCUCAAUGCCGGAAAGCAAAAAGAAGAAGUGGUGAAGAAGAAAUCAGCUGAGAAACAAAGAUCCUCCCUGAAAAAGAAAUGACCUUAAUAUGCGCUCCUGACUGGUUCCCGAAACGCAGUAUUGUAUCCGCUUGUAUCCCUGGAAAAGAUUGGAUUCUCUUACCGCUGAUUAUUGAUGUGUAAGUGUGAAACAAGCACCGGUACCAGAAUCCAGACUGACGGCAGGGCUCCCAUUGGCCUCUCACCUGAAUGGUUUUUUUUAUAAGCUCAGUGUCACUGUAGAUUUGCUUGAAAGUGCCAAAAUGUGCAGCUGUUGGUAAUUUAAUAAAGUUAUACUUCAAGCACAGCA